GUGGGAGCAAUUAGGAGCGGCACAUAUUUAUUAAUUAUCAUCAUUAAUAAUAAUUAUUAUUAAUAAUUAUUAUUAGUACACAGCUGUCGAUUCUAGGGCAAAGCAAGCUCUUCUUGGGCUGCCUUUUUUGGAGAAAGAGGGAUUGCAAUCUACUCUUUCGUUGUUGCAUUUUUUUUUCUUUUCCCACUUCCCAUUUUUGGCCGGCAGCGAUGCCUUUUCUCGGGCAGGACUGGCGAUCCCCCGGGCAGAACUGGGUGAAGACGGCGGACGGGUGGACGAGGUUCCUGAACGCCAACGAGAGCGGCUAUCUCAGCGAGCGGAGCGGUUACUGCAGAAAAGAAGGCUACGAGAAGGAGAACAUUUUCAACAGCAUCAACUGUGACGUUGCGGCGAAAAAGAGAAAGAAGGACCAGCUGAACAGCAAGACAAGGAUUCAAUAUUUUCAUCAAGAAAAAUGGAUUUACGUUCACAAGGGAAGCACAAAAGAACGUCAUGGCUACUGCACCCUUGGAGAAGCUUUCAACAGGCUUGAUUUUUCAAGUGCUAUUCUGGAUUCCAGGCGCUUCAACUAUGUUGUUCGGCUGUUGGAACUGAUAGCAAAGUCCCAGCUCACAUCACUGAGCGGAAUCGCCCAGAAAAACUAUAUGAACAUCUUGGGAAAAGUAGUUCAGAAAGUCCUGGAAGAUCAGCAGAAUAUCAGGUUAAUAAAGGAACUGCUGCAGACUCUUUAUACAUCCCUUUGUACCCUGGUCCAAAGUGUUGGCAAGUCAGUUCUGGUUGGAAACAUCAAUAUGUGGGUGCACAGAAUGGAGACAAUACUUCAUUGGCAGCAGCAGCUGAACAGUAUCCAGAUCACCAGGCCGGCCUUUAAAGGUUUAACUUUCACAGACCUGCCCUUAUGUUUACAAUUGAACAUCAUGCAGCGGCUAACAGAUGGGAGAGACAUCGUGAGUCUCGGGCAAGUGACCCCCAGUCUUCACGUGCUCAGCGAGGAUCGGCUACUCUGGAAAAAGCUUUGCCACUACCACUUCACAGACAGACAGAUUCGCAAGCGGUUAAUCUUGUCAGACAAAGGACAUUUGGAUUGGAAGAAGAUGUACUUCAAGCUUGUGAGAUGCUACCCGAGGAAGGAGCAAUAUGGAGAUACCUUGCAGCUCUGCAGACACUGCCAUAUUCUCUCCUGGAAGGGCACUGAGCAUCCUUGUACAGCGAACAACCCAGAGAGCUGCUCCGUUUCGCUUUCGCCCCAGGACUUCAUCAACUUGUUCAGAUUUUGAACUCCAGGACAAUUUCAUUGUAUCUCCAAGGGACAUUUUUUUUUUACUGCUGAGAAAACCUGCUCAGCCUGUAUAUAGUGUGUAAAUAUUGCAGUUUGAGGCUCCUGCAUCAAGAGGAUGAUGAGAUUUUAGGAGGCAAAGGGAGUUGUGAUUCAGGUGGCGUCAGACUCUUUUAAGAACACGGCCUUCUACUAAUCAAAACGAUGCAUGGAAAGAAACUGCUUUGUAAAUAUGUCUUUUCAUAAGAAUUGGAGUGAAAGGUACAGGGGAGAGACAGUUCUGCUUAAGGGAUUCAGAUGGAAUGUGCCCUGUAUCCAUUUGAAAUGCCUCUUUGGUUUCAGCACACGGAAAAGGAAAACAGUGUGGUUAGGCUAAAGCUGUUGAACUACUCCCCAAUCUGGGUUUUGUUUACUACAGAUAUUUAUACCGAAAAUAUUUUUAGAAUGACAUGUAUGAGGGAGGGAUACAUCCUGUAUCCUUUUUUUUUUAAAAGAAUCAACACAAAAUGUACACACCACGCCAUUUUCUACCUCUGAAAAGCUUUCCAAACUAAUAUGCAAUGUGAAGUGCUUGCAUUGGUGACAGUAACCGUAUUUCUUUGGGUUAAUCCUUGAUUUCUAAUGCAGUCUGCUUUCCUUUUUGGCCAUAUUUGAAUAGUCAAGUUCGAAGGAACUUAGAAGAGCCGAUACGCUUCGCUGGAUACUUCCCUUGGGCUGUGAAAAAUGUUGAAUGCAAAGAAGAGUUCAUGAUGGAAACAUUGGCUUUUAGGCUGUAUCAGUCCUCCGUGUUUUCUAGUGGCUGUAUGGCCCAUCAUGCCCAUUUGUUUAUACUGUUCUAGACUUUCUCUGAUCUCGGUUGACUAUGCCACAUUCAAACAUAGCAUGCUGAGAGUGGCAGAGGCAGUUUUGUCUCCUUUUUCCAACAGAUUACUUUUUUUUCUCUGAUGUGAACUCUUGAAAACAUAUGAGUGUGCAGGCUUUCAACACUCAAGAGCUUGAAUUGGGAAGACCCGACUUGCAAGGCAAGUCGGGUGGUGCCCUGUGACAUAAUGAACUUACCUUUCCUUCCUCUUUCCCAUCCCCAAAGCAGUUUUGAAUUUUUUUUUCAGAAAGGGAGCUAACUGUACAUGUGAUCCCCAAAACAGGAAAUAGACAUGACUGAAUUAGCAUUCAGUUAGUUCAUACGUGUAAUUGUUAUGCAAUUUUCAAGGUCAGGAUUACACUAGAUGAAAAUUGCUUUUAACUCUACAUUUGUCAAUAACAGUGUAGGCAGUCUCAAUCCAGGUUACUUAAAGGCAGAAGGAGUGACUGUCUAGUCAUGAAAGCAAUUAAGGUCUCCAUUCACUUCAAUGGAAGGAACAGCUGUAUGUGCAUUAAAGUGAAUGAGAAAGCUCCCUUGUGCCAUUUCUUAUGUGUAUCAGGGUGGACUCUGGACAGAUGUUCUACAUCUGUGCAAGGAAUUUGCAAGAAGAAGCCAAUAGGCAAGGGGUGGUCAUGAGCCACUGACAAAAACAUUUAUAAAAAAGAAAAACAAUUUCUCUGUCAUGACUUACUUUUGCCCCUGAACAUAUUUACUUAUAUUUAAUGAGAAUUGGAGCAGGGGCUAUAGACUUGUAAUGUCAUACCAAUAUAAAUUUGGAAUGGUUUGGUUUGUAUGGAAUUAAUCUGAAAUUACAUCUGAAAUUUGACUCUUAAUAUUGCGGAUCCUGGUUUUGUUAGUUUGCCUGGUAAAAUUCCAAUGAUUUGUAUCUAAAUGCUGUUCCGUAGGUUUAUAUCCUAAGGACCACCCAAGGUUUUAACUACAGAAUCUGAUUAUUGUUCUCAAGGAAGAGAUUUCUAAUUUGGGGAAACUGGGAAAGAAGAACGAUGAUCAAGAUUUGUUCUUUCCCAUUGUUUGAAUACAAUGUAUGUAAAAUUAAGGUGCCUUGCAAAGGACAAAUCUAGAAAGUCAGUAUUUGAAGAUGAAAUUCAAGAUGUCAGGAAUGAAUAUUUGAGUUUAUUAUUGUUAAUUAAUCUACCAGCCAUUCUCUUUGCUGCUUUGUUCUUUUUGAUUCUUUUUGCACACUGAUGCAAGGCAAAUCUCUUAGUAAUCCUGUUCAGGUAGUCCUUGUAAGUGCAGGUUAAAAAUAGAUAGUUGCUGUUCCCUGUAACAGGAAUAUAAUAGCAGGAUCCUGACCCUCUUGCAGCAUUCCAUAGAAAAGCCAUAUUCUGGCAACUCUUGCACAAUCUGUUGAAAAAUUGCAACAGAAUUGGACUGGGAGAUCAUUAAAGCCAUUGGAUUGGUGACCACCAUUCUGUUGAAUGUUGAUCGUUGAGUCUGAGAUGAGUAUCAUAGAGAAAUGUGACUGGCUAUUGCCUUUGAGUCUAUGGGUGGUGUUCAUUGGUUAUUCAGUAGUAUCUUCCCCUGCAAGGCACAUACCUCCUGAACACCUCUCUAGCCAGUUAACUAAACACCAGCCCAGAAUGGGCCACGUGACUCAAAUAAAAAGGUUGUGGCUCUGUCACUUUACCACCUUCUCUUUAGGGCAUCUUCUCCCAUGUGUCUUGUUGAAUGCAAGCAUCGCCCAGCCCUUGCUAGGGGCAUAAGUAAACCUGCCAUCAAUAAGUAUCAGGAAGUUAAUAAUGCUACACUUCUAGAGGUAUGCGUUGAAGGGAAUGUUAGCAUACUUGUUCUGACAGCUGACGAAGGAAAUGUAUUUUGUGGGAUGUGCUGUGAAGCCGAAGACAUCAGCUGUAGCCUCGUGAUCUUUCUGUUGCUAGACUGCACCACUUCAAAGGGCAGGCAGAGGGAUUGAAUGUAUGCUCCCUCCAGCUAAAAAAAGAAAACCCAUGUCUGAAAAACCACCAUGUCAAGAAAGAAAGUUUGGUCACAACCUUACCAGAGUCUUUCCCACUGUAUUUUCAGUGGAAGGACAAAACACACUAACUUUCUUCCCUGUGAUGCUGAUGUGUUGUUGAUGUGCUCGGUUAAUACAGUGAGGGUUAGCAGUAGGGUUUAAAUGGUUGCACCACGUCAAUUUUAGGUAGCAGGAAGCUCUGCUUGUGCUGAAGGAAGGGAGGGAGGUUUUAUUGUUUAUAUGUUUACAGUUGUUACUGUGAAUUAGAAGCUGACUUGAGGAUAUGCUUUUGUGGAACAAUGAAGCAUUCUCCCACGAUGCAAUAUGAAACAAAGUUUAAAUGACAUGCAUUUUACUGUGGCGGACCUGUGGAGGAAGGCUUCUUGUCAUGAAUUAUUGUUGGUUUCAGCACUGUGAACGAAGAGUGAUUCCUUGGGUUCUAUCAGACAGGAAUUCCAUGGAAAUUAUUUAUAUCACUACAUAUCAUCCAUGGCACAUUUCUGCAUCAAUACUUGAAAAAUGUAUGAUGAGAAAGGAAGGGGGCAAUGGUACCUAGAGGCCAUGCAUAUCCGCACAGCAGAAUUAAAACUAUGUUAAGUUGUGUCCUCGGUCCAGGGAAUUCUGGCAACUGUUCUAUGAGGAAGGUAGCUAGGGAUCUCUAAUGGGGACUUCUCAGUGUGGUCAUUAAAGUACAACUCCCAGGUAGGAUUGCAGACUGCCUGAGAAAAACAUGUGCUGUCUCUUUAAUAGAGGCAUAAUGGGAUGGUAUUUACCAGGUGAUGUGGUUUAUUUCCAUGCCAUGAAAAACCUUCCACUGUCCAUUUCCACACAUCAAACCUUUAUUCAAAGGACAGGGCAUUCUUCUCUAGGUCUGUUGGCAACUGAACUCCCAGGAUUCUUUGAAGGAAAUUGACAGUUAAAGUGGUACGAAUUGAGUAUGUUGGAACAGCAGAUAUGGCACGUUGAGAAUUGUGCUAAGAAGUCAGUGCCGUUUACGAGGGUGAGAAAGAGAUCUGAAUGUAAGGAAAGGUGGCUUUGGGCGACUGGAUCAUUACUUGUGGGAGAGGGAGAGAAAGAGCAUGCAACUGUAUACGUGUUUGUGAAACCGUUUUCAUCCAUCUUAUUACACUAAGUGUAAAACCAGUUAAUCUAGAAUAGUGAGUGCACAUUUUGUUGUUCUUGUGAUCCUGUUAAUCUUUUCCUACUUCCAAACCACCCCCUAGUGUACAAUUUCCUAGUGAAUAUUGCUGGUCUGUAUUAUGGCUUUUUAUUGUUUUGAUUUUAUAAAAUGUGUGAGUUCUCUACUCUUGAAACACUUAUGAUUGCACAGGCAUUUUCCUAUGCAAAGUAAAUAAAUAAGGUCUGUGCCAUGUGUGUCCAGGAAAGUUUUUAAUGCUUUUCAGCUGUUGAUUGAGGAGCUGAGUUCAAAAGGCCAUGUUUCAGAAUGUGAGCCCCAAAGGGUGACUGCUUGCCACCCAUACAACUACAUCCGAUGGGUAGUAAAAUCCUAUUUCCGCACGGCAAGGUGACAAAGAUAUCCAAGAGAGAACGCAUAUGGUGGUGGGUUAGUUGAUUGUCUAUAUGAGCGCCUGAUCUCUGUGAAAUAAGGUCAGCUGCUGUUGAGGAAUGUGAUUUGAGGGUUCUUAUUUCUGCACAACUACGACAACUUUUGCACAAUAGAACUCUUAGAGUGUAGUCCACUUUUUCUGUCUACCAGAUUACUGAUGUCAGGUGGCUUCAGGCCUUGUUUGCAUAUGUUCUAGACAGGUGGUAGAGUUCUGAGAUGUUAGAAGGGACUAUACCACUUCAAAUGGAUGCAGGUGGGGCAGGGGGGAUGUCACAUUUUUGGAUGCUCCCUUACAUAAAAAGGUUGUAUGCAAGAAGAACACUAGCAUAGCAAGAACAAAGAGGGAAUUAAACUGGAAAUCUUUGUCUCAGAUUUUUACAGGCAGGGAACAUUUAAAAAAAUGGCAUCCCCCCACUGCUAAUCUGAAGUGAUGUACGUGUAGACCAGGCCUAACUUGAAAUAGCCCAGGAACAUUCCCUAUGCAGUAAAAUAUUUAAUAAAUCUGACAGAAUGUUCUUGAGCUUGAAAUCUUCCAAUCACUACAUGAGAGAGGGGAGGGUGGUGUGGGCAGAGACUUCUCAGCAACCUGUUUCGUGGCUUAUUUUAACAUCCUAGGGUUUUGCCAGAAGAGAGAGAAAGGUCCUUUAAUUAUAACUUUUCCUUUUGCUGGCGCUCUUGUUGGCAAAAACAAUGGCUUGCUGUAAAUGUGAUGUCUUUAUGACUCUGAAGUUGUGAUCCGUUUGUGGAUGAGAUUGGCUCUUUAUGGAGUUAUGCCAGCGACAUGCAAUGCAAAGGGAGGGCAGGCUGGGUUUUGAUUUUUUAAAAACAAUUUAAUUACUGUUAAAAAGCCCUUUAAGAACUUAAAUUUACAAGAUCUCAC